AUGGAUUUAACGGAGGAGUCGCUUUGGCUGGUGGGAGAGCCGUGGAACCUCAGCCGAGCGGAGGAGGACGGGAAACUUUUACUGGGCAUCGGCACGGAUAAUGUCGUCACGCUGCUGGUGUUCGCGCUCAUCUUCGUGCUCGGCGUGCUGGGGAACUCCGUGGUCAUCACCGUGCUGGCCAGGAGCAAACCGGGAAAACCGCGCAGCACCACCAACAUCUUCAUCCUCAACCUCAGCAUUGCGGACUUGUCCUACCUCGUCUUCUGCAUCCCCUUCCAGUCCACCAUCUACAUGAUGCCCACCUGGGUCCUCGGCGCCUUCAUAUGCAAGUUCAUCCACUAUUUCUUCACCGUGUCCAUGCUGGUCAGCAUCUUCACGCUGUCGGCCAUGUCCGUGGACAGGUACGUGGCCAUCGUCCACUCCAGGAAGUCGUCCACCAUCAGGGUGGCCAAGCACGCCUUCGUUGGCGUGGUGGUCAUCUGGGUGCUGUCUCUGGCCAUGGCAGCGCCCAUCAUGUACUACCAGAACAUCUUCCACGGCGGGGGAAAUCUGACAUUUUGCUGGGAAGUGUGGCCGGAUCAGAACCAGAAGAAAGUCUACGUGGUUUGCACCUUUGUUUUUGGCUAUGUGCUGCCCCUGCUGCUCAUCUCCUUCUGCUACUCCAAGGUUUUAAAUCAUUUGCACAAAAAGCUAAGAAAUAUGUCCAAAAAGUCUGAGGCAUCAAAGAAAAAGACUGCCCAGACCGUGCUGGUGGUGGUGGUGGUCUUCUGCCUGUCAUGGCUGCCUCACCAUGUGGUCCACCUGUGGGCAGAGUUUGGCACCUUCCCCCUGAACCAGGCCUCCUUCGUGUUACGCGUGGCGGCCCACUGCCUGGCCUACAGCAACUCGUCCGUCAACCCGGUCAUCUACGCCUUCCUGUCCGAGAACUUCAGGAAGGCGUACAAGCAGGUCUUCAAAUGCCAGAUUGGAGCGGAAGACCCGCCGCUCAAUGAGAUCCGGGAGAUGCGGAAUAAGGUGGACACACCGCCUUCCACGAACUGCACCAAUGUUUGACCAUCAAGGUGGGGAUGGGUGCGAGAAUAACACAAUAGGGAUAUUUUGAACAGGGACAAAUACAGUAUUUCACAAAAGUGAGUACGCCCCUCAGAUUUCCGCAACCAUAUUUAUUUCUAUAUAUCUUCUUAAUGAAGAAUAAUAUAGAUUUUUGAGUAGUCAAUGUACAGCUUGACUCUCCACUGAAAAUUACGCCAUCAGUCCCUCCAGGAUUUUGCAGUUUUUUUUUAAAUGAUUGUUGUGGCCUUGCAUGCACUUUUUCAGAAAGUUGCAGAAAACGUUGCCAUUUUUUUGAGGCAUUUAAAAGAAAAAAAUAGCUCUGGUCGUUGAUUUAAAACAAAAAAUGCUCAAAAGAGGCGAGAUUCCCCCGCACUGUGUCAUCAGGUCCUCCAUUGUAUUGAAGUGAAGUGAAUUACAUUUAUUAUAGCGCUUUUUCUCAAGUGACUCAAAGCGCUUUACAUAGUGAAACCCAAUAUCUAAGUUACAUUUAAACCAGUGUGGGUGGCACUGCGAGCAGGUGGGUAAAGUGUCUUGCCCAAGGACACAACGGCAGUGACUAGGAUGGCAGAAGCGGGGUUCGAACCUGCAACCCUCAAGUUGCUGGCACGGCCACUCUACCAACCGAGCUAUACCGCCCCAACAAUGCCGUGUUUGUAAACAAACAUGGCAUUGAUCGCUUGGGACUUCUUCACUGUUUCAGAGGAAGACGUCCCAAAAUGUUUCUACAAACAUUCCGUGAGGAUAAAAUAAAAGAAGCGUUACGCAUCAACACAUCAAACCCUAUCAGUCGGCAUCGCUACGGUGAUGUUUUGAAAACCUUCAACUGCUGCUAGAGAAGAUGCCACAAAGCAAGCUGCAAAUAAAGUGUACAUAAACUACAGUUAAUCCAAAUCAAAAAAUAUAUCUAUAUAAGUUACUGGUAUCAUAAGAAGCAGUAAGUGAUCUGUCCUGGUAUCGGCUUGUUUUUAGCACACAUUUGCCCUUUUAUUCCACUUUUUUUAAGUAAUAGUAUUUUUAAAAUGUGUCGCAGGCCGUUAAAAUAUUUUCCCCCAUGUCACACUUUGGACACCCCUGCUAAUACCAACAUACCAUAUUUUUCGGAGUAUAAGUCGCACCGGAGUAUAAGUCGCACCUGCUGAAAAUGCAUAAUAAAGAAGGAAAAAAACAUAUAAGUCGCACUGGAGCCCGGCCAAACUAUGAAAAAAACUGCGACUUAUGGUCCGAAAAAUACGGUAAUGUAAGUUCAACAUUGUAUGUCACACUUUGUGAACAAAACAUCCACAUCUUAGCUUGGUGUAAUAUAUAAUCUAAACCAUCCAUCCAUCCAUUUUCUAGCGCUUAUUCCCUUUGGGGUCGCGGGGGGCGCUGGAGCCUAUCUCAGCUACAAUCGGGUGGAAGGCGGGGUACACCCUGGACAAGUCGCUACCUCAUCGCAGUGCCAACACAGAUAG